AUGACUGACGUCAAGUCCCGACUAAGGCCUUUCGGAAUAUCUUUCGAAAAGUCACUGAGUGACUUGAUUAAGGGAAUUCGAUCAAAUAAUGAGGAUCCCGACAAAUUGCUUCUUUUUUUGGAGGAGUCAAUCCAAGAGUGUAGGGAAGAACUAAGGGCGAACGACCUGCAGCUGAAAUCCACCGCAGUUCUCAAACUAGCUUACUUGGAGAUGUACGGUUUUGAUAUGUCUUGGUGUUCAUUUCAGAUAUUGGAGGUGAUGAGCAGUAGUAAUUUUCAGCACAAAAGAAUAGGGUAUCUGGCAGCUAUGCAAAUCAUGAUAAGAAACGAUAAUGACGACGCAUUGAUGUUAAUGACCAAUUUACUGAAGAAAGAUCUGACCAGCUCCAACCAAGUUGAGGCAGGUCUUGCGUUAAGUGGGAUUGCCUCCAUAGUAACCACAGAAUUGGCCCACGAUGUAUGUGAGGAUAUAGUCAGAAUGUUAUCCCAUUCGUCUCCUUUCAUCAGGAAGAAAGCCGUCCUCGCCAUGUUCAAAAUUUUUCUCAAAUACCCAGACUUUUUGAGGUCUUUCUAUCCCCGAUUGAUAGAACGCUUGAGUGAUGACGACACGUCUGUGGUCAGUGCUACUGUGAAUGUAGUCUGUGAAUUGGCUAACAAGAACCCUAAGAACUAUGUCGAGUUGGCACCACAACUUUAUGAACUGCUGACGUCGUCUAAGAACAAUUGGAUGGUUAUCAGGCUGUUGAAAUUGUUUUCGUCCUUAUCUUUGGUAGAACCUAGGUUAAAAAAGAAAAUGCUCCCAGCGAUCUUGAAUAUUUUGACCAAAACAGAAGCUUUAUCUUUGGUUUACGAAUGUAUUGACUGUAUUCUAACAGGUAAAAUGCUUGCAGAAGAUGAUUACAAACUUGCAAAAUUAAUGGUUGAAAGGCUCUUAGUUUUCUUUGAAGCGGAUGAUGCCAAUUUAAAGUACGUCGCCCUAUCUGCAUUCAUCAAAAUUAUGACUAUUCAUAGAUCCUUUAUUUCACAGCAUUCUAAGGUGGUACUAGACGGAAUAAAUGACACAGACUUGGCUAUUAGAGAAAAAGCUUUAUCAUUAUUGGAUGCUCUUGUCACCGAAGAGAAUAUCACCAAGAUUGUCUCAAAAAUGAUGCUUUUGCUAUUACCAAAUGAUGACGAUACUUCAGAAUCUACAAUGUCACGAUUUGAAUCUUUUCAAAAACAGCAAAUGGCAAUCAUCCCGAAAUCUUUCAAGCUUCUUGUUAUAAAGAAAAUUAUUUCCAUUUGUUGUGAAAAGAACUAUCAACUAAUUCCAAACUUUUCUUGGUAUGCUAAUGUGCUAUACGAUUUCAUCAAGCUAAAUGCCUCCUUAGACAUCCAACAAGUUCAGUCGCUCAUUUCGGAGCAGUUCGUUAACUUAGCAUUACGUGUGCCAAGUAUUCGACCUGAGUUGGUGUCCAUGUGUUUGGCAACUUUGAGAGAUUCAAACAAUUAUUCGACAUUUGAAGAUGGGCUUAAAGAUUGCGUAUGGAUAGUUGGAGAGUAUUACGACGAAUACACCGAAGGUGAAUCGGAGUUUGAACACGAAGAAGAUGAUGAAGGAGGGCAUAAACUCAAUGGAUUUGAGAUUAUAACCGAUCUAACAAAGGUAGAGUUUUUUGCUCAAACAGAUCCUACUACGCUCUCGAUACUAAUUCAUAACUUGGUUAAAGUUUUUGCCAAGUUUGUUUGUUCAUUGAAAUCCGAUUGGAACGAAUCUACUGUGGAAAUGGUAACUAACUUGAAUCAGAUAUUACUCGACUGGUUGGAGCAGUUCCAAUCACAUGUGAAUACAGAAGUACAAGAAAGAAGUGCCUCAUUUAUUGAAGUUCUGAAGCUAAUUCCAGAAAGCUUAAGUCCUAGUGGACCCUCUGGGUUUGUGGAGGACGUAUUGUUAGGGUUUUUCAACGGCCAAACGCUAAAACCGGUGUCCUAUUUGACCCAACAGAAAAUAACAAUACCAGAGGAUGUAGAUCUGGACAAACCGUUUUACCCUGGUGCGUUGGAGGAAUUCAUCGCCAAACACAAACCGUUGGAAGAGUCUGAUCAUGAGAGCAUAUACAACUAUUGGAGCGACUCACAGGAAAGUGAACCACAGGAAAAAUAUCCGGAAGAUGAUAUAGAAAGGUUAGAACGCAUCAGGGAUGAUCCGUUCUACAUAGGAAUGGACACCGUUCCCAACUCUGAAAGCCCAAGCCAGGAUUUGAUCUCCAUUGACUCAAGGGACACUCCAGCAAUCAAGAAAAAGCCCAGUUCCGGUAAAAGCAAGAAGAAAGUCAGAGUCAACAGAGAAAAGGUAUUGAUCUUAGAUGAUGAUCUGACUCCUAAUGUCGGUUUACUUGACUUGGAGUCAGAAAGCGUGUCUCGUAAUAGCGGAAGGAGUCGGAAAGGAUUGUUGAUUGACUCUUCAAACCUGGACAAGUUCGAUAUCAAUGCUGAUUCAGACGCUUACAAUAAAGGCACUAAUGGAGGGGGAACUUACGGAGAGUAUGAAGUUAACCAAUUAGUAGAGGAGAUGAAAGGAUUGCAGACUGAGCAAGGCACAAGCAGCUCUAAAGUAAAGAAAAAGAAGAAGAAAGAAACUGGGAUCGGGUUGGAAGAUGUUGAGGGUGAGCCAAAGAAACUUAAAAGGAAAAAGAAAAAGAAGAAGGCCGUAAUCCAAGAAUAG